UCUCAGGACAAAAAUGCAAGGAUAUGAGCAAAGGUUUGAGCAUCUCAACAUUGCAGGUGUCAAUGCUAAGUACCCUUUCAUAUUCCUCGGAAAGGUAGUGAAGAACUGGUACAAAGACUAUGAUUGCUUCUACGAUCACUUCUCUAAGAAAAUAAUAUUCCAUAAAGAAGGAAAGUUUUUCAUCCAAAGUCAAAAGAGACUCAACGAACCCCAAAGAAUAGAGAAGUUCAACAUUGGAAAUGCCUUUGGAAGGGUUUAUGCUUGUGCUGUGAACUCAGAUGAAACCAUGAUUGCUAUUCAAAAUACAUUCAACUGCGUCUACGUCUUCAACAACAGCGCUAGGACAAGUCCUCAUGGUACUGUCAGGAAGCAGUAUGAGCUUGAUGAAUAUAGAUUUGAGUACCCAAAUGCAAGAAAAAUCCUUGGAUUUUCCUUUGCAAGCUCAAAUUAUUUUAACUUCUUCAUCUGCAAUGAUAGAGAGAUAGAAAUCUUAAACUUCAACAAAUACAGCUCUAAUGUAAUGCAUGUGAAGAAGAUACCAAUAAAGGGAGAAUAUCUUCUGUAUGAGCUCCACUUUUAUAACAUUGCCACUGUCAUAAAUAAAGAAGGAGUCAUCCAGGUAGUCGAUCUGAACAAGAAUCCCAGAACAAAGAAUUUGGUCAAAAAGAGUGGAAAGCUAAGCUCUGGAGAAGGAAUGGAAGCUAUGAGUGGCUCCUUCACCUCUUCAAGAUCUUCAAGAAUGUCUAUCACAGAUAGAGCCUUAUCUUUCCUGAAAUCUUCAACUGUGAAAGAAGAUUUUAAAGCUGUUGAGCCCAUCAACAACAAAAAUAUCUUGAUGAUCUCAGAAAAGAAUGAGUAUAUUUACAAUGCUUUUACAAUGAGUGAGGACCAAGACUCUGAAUACCCUUCACUACAUCUGGUAAUUCUGUACAAUAUCCCUUAUAUCAUGUUUCUUAAUAACAAGAUCGGGAAGAUAGAAAUAUACCAGUUUGAUAUCGCCGAGAGGACUUUUCUGAGAAACAAGAACUAUAUUGACUUGAUCCCUGAGUGCCAACAUGCAGUCCACUCGAUUGAUAACUUACUGCUGGUUCAUAACCUAGAUGCCCAGUUUAGUAAAAUAUUUGACUUGUCAGUGAAGCCUAUCACAGACCCAGUCUGAAAGAAUCUCCCAUUAGAUACAAAAUUCUCAUCAGAUUCCUAUGUCUGUGACGGAAUACAAGCAGAAUUUGAGGUUGAUUAUCUUGAUGAUAACGAUGAGAACCUUGAGUCUUUUAUUACUGGCCGUAAGAACUUUGUUUAUAUUGAACAAUCAAUGUUUGAGAUCGAGUUUACAUAUAACCAUCCCUCUGGCGCAGCCAGAGGAGAUGUAUCAGAUGAUGACGAAGACCAAGUAGUUGAAAUAGAAAUCAACCUCCAACUUGAUGAUCCCAGCUUAGAUCCAAAGGAAGAGAGCAAGGGCCAUGAUAACGUAUUCUCGAGAUUUAGUGAAUCUGAGAAUAAUUUUGAUUCAAACAUCUACAGUGAUGAUGUAAUCUACGCUCCUGACAACAUAAUCUUCAACCUUCAUCACGGUGCGUGUCUCGGGUAUAUGCUAAGUCUUAAGAACUACUCGUCCAUUGCUAAAUCAACCAUAAGGAUAUUUAAAUCUCUGCUUCUCAGAAGUGAGAGUAAAACUCAAGCUGUCAGGUUCAUCAAGUACUUGAUCCUGAGGAGGACCUCUUUGGAGAUCUUGACCAAGAUCUUCCUCAAAAUCAACGGGGUUUAUAAGGAUGCCACUCUGGAAAGACAGAAUAAAGGAUAUCAAGACAACGGAACUGAUUCUGUUAAUUAUAUUAAGAACUCAACAGCCUCAGUAGGCGGACAGGCGAAUCAAGUAAUGAGGUCAAUGAGUCUUGCAGUUCUAAGUUCAGGCAGAAAUUCUUUACCCUCACAAUACGGGAGUGCUAAGCUGAGUAGUGAGAUUUCUAAGAAGUGUCAAGAUACUUCAAGAAUUAUGAGUGGAGAAAUAAUUAUAUUCCAACACGAAAUGGUUCAAAUUUUUGUUGAUAUUAUUGAUGUUGACUCUCUUCAAUAUUCAUACCUCAGAUCCGUAAUGGUAGAAUAUAUCAGAUGUUUACAAGAAUUCAGCUUGUCAACACAUCCUAGACUUCAAGCUGUCCUUUGGAAAUUUAUAUGGAAAAACAGAGAUUUCAUUGGUCUGCAAAACCUCCUCCAAUACAAAGUUCUAGAUGACACUCUAGAGUUAGCCCAGUACUUAGUACAACUGGGUUGUUCCAAAGAUCUUGGAUACGACACGAAAAAUUUCAGAAACUCAAUCACAACUCUUUCUAACUUCUACGCUCCUGCUUUCGACUAUGGUAUUAACAUGAUGUACAGGCUGAGACAGCACAAAGACGUGUUCAAGAUCCUCAUAACAAUUGGAAAGUAUGCCAAAGCCAUUGAUUUUGCUCAAUCCUCUCCAGUCUCCAAAUGGAUAAAAUAUUCCGAACUCAGAGAUCUGAUCGAGGCGGAUGAGGAGAUGAACGAGAGAAAUAAGAAGUUCUUAAUCCAAAGAGUUAACAUGAUCAAGCAGAAGGACGAUAGUCUCGGUCACCAGGGUACUAACUACCAGCCCUUCUUUGAAGAUGCAUCCUCAAUCCCCGUUCCUGCAAAUUAAAUUUAGAAGGCUUCAAUCCAA